CCGGACACCAUGAGGCUGCUGGUGUUGUUUGUGUGUGUGGGAGCUGCUGGGGCAGUGCCUCGAGAGGAUGGCAGGAUCAUUGGGGGGUACGAGUGCAUUCCAAAUUCCAGGCCCUGGAUGGCCUCACUGAACUAUGGCUACCACUUCUGUGGGGCGGUGCUCAUAAAUGAUCAGUGGCUGCUCUCUGUUGCUCACUGCUGGUACAACCCUUAUGCCAUGCAAAUCAUGCUCGGAGAGCAUGACCUGCGAGUGUUCGAGGGCACCGAGCAGCUCAUGAAGACCGACACCAUCAUCUGGCACCCAAGCUACGACUACCAGACUCUGGACUAUGAUAUCAUGAUGAUCAAGCUGUUUCAUCCAGUAACCAUCACUGAUUCUGUGAUGCCCAUCUCACUACCAGUGGGCUGCCUGUAUGCAGGUGCAAUGUGCUCUGUGUCGGGGUGGGGCGACAACAAUUCAGAGGCCGCCACUAGCCUGCAAUGCCUGGAUCUGCCAAUUGUGGAUAAUAAGGACUGCCAGAAUUCGUACCCCGGCAUGAUCACCCGCAACAUGCUGUGUGCCGGCUUCAUGGAUGGGGGCCGAGAUGCCUGCAGUGGUGACUCAGGCAGUCCCCUGGUAUGCUUUGGGGAAGUACACGGGCUGGUGUCCUGGGGUCAGGGCUGCGCUCAGCCUGGUUAUCCUGGAGUUUACACCAAGGUGUGUGAGUUCCUACCCUGGAUCAAGAACACCAUGGAGGGCAACUGACGCACUCCUGUCAGCUUUCCUCCCAUGUCUCUCCCAGUUGGCUGACUUGGCCUCUUAUCUUGCUAGCUAUUGGGUCCAUAGUAUCACAAUUUUACCCUAUGUGUCUGUAGUGCUAAUAGCAUCACACUUUACCCUUUGUGUCUGUGGAGCACUCUUAAAACACAAUAAAUUUGUUACCAACCCUAUCAUUGUAAAUGUGGUGUCCUCUAAAAAAGAAUUUAUCUCAUAGUCAGGUCAGGUUGGGAGAACCUCGGGAUCUCAGCUGGUGACCCUCAAGGCUGACACACAGUCCAGUUCCACACUCCAGAAAUGCCCAUCUACCUGCUGCAACCAGGUGUCACUUGGGCAUCCCCUUGGGCUCUUGAGUCCUCAAUACUGAGGAUCCUACAAGUUGGAUCACUCUUUCGGGAACAUGUGCCACAUGUCCGUAGUGCCGUAACUGAUGCUCCCUCACAGUGCAGCUAAUGUGCCUCAUUCGGGACUCCCUUGUUCAACACAAAGUCAAGCUAACAGUACCCAUGGACUCUCCAAAGAGACACGGUACCGAAUGAGUUCUUUCAGGAAGACUUGAACCUGAAGGAAGACUUCAUUCUGUGAAGUCUCAGAAUGUCACACAGGGCAGCUCAAUCAACUUAGUUGAACACGUCAUGAAAAUUGCCAAAGUCUACAAAGAAACUCUACCGAUAUUCAUGUUUGCGUUUGAUGAGAACACUCAGUGCCAGGAUGCGGUUGAUGGUAGAAAACCAGAAUGCUUUGGUCACUGGAAGGCAAGCAAGUGAUCAUGGAUUCUGUUGAGGAUGACCCUAGCAAGGGCAGUAUCUCCCUGUAGCCACAGUCCAGGCAUUUCACCAUUCCCAUUUCAGAUAGUGACAACAAUGCUUGCGAUGUAAGGAGGAUGCCAGAAGUACACCCCGGAUACCACAGAUCCCUGUGCCCUUCCCUACCACCACCUGGUUCACUGCUCGUGCAGUCUCAGUAAGAUUGUGUGGUUCAAAGCUAAUCAGAGAUUCAGCCUGAAGAAGCAUGCACCCAGAGAUAUCCAACAUCCUAGCUGGGGGAUCAGCUUUAAAAAGCAGCUCAAAGUUGCUAGCCUAGCAGGUCAUAAUUGCAGUGUCAUCCGUAAGGAGCAUUCCAUCACCUGCACUGACUGCAAUGUCUGAGGAAUAGAUUCGGAUGUGUGUAGUACUUUGAUUCCUCUGUAAGUAGGACAUGGGUCGCUAAACCAUAAAUGGUGUCACUUGCUCAGAGUUUCCACUAACAAACGCCUCCUUAUCUGCCCUCUGAGCUCUCGCAGCCAUCCUUCUCAAUUCCCAGUUCAGAUUGGAGUUGCCAUCAAGCCAUGCAUAACUCCUCUCGAUAAUAUCCAGGGUGCCCUACGAGAUGCACCUGCACCUCCUUCUGGAAACAUCAGUAACACCGAAGCAACCCUCAGCAAUUUUCAUGUCUUAUCACAGAAAGUCUCAUACAUCACACAUUAGG